GUCGUCACCCCUAUUUAGUGAAAGGUUGGUAUCUUCCGAUGAGUGGCGUUACUCGCGGAAAUCACCCGGUGUUUGUAGCACUUCCGUCUUCAGCUACAACGGGUACAGAGAAAUGACGGCGACUCUGCGUCCGUACCUGAAUGCGGUGCGUGCUACACUGCAGGCAGCUCUCUGUCUGGAAAACUUCUCCUCACAGGUGGUUGAAAGACACAACAAACCUGAGGUUGAAGUCCGGAGCAGUAAAGAGCUUUUGCUUCAGCCUGUUGUGAUCAGUAGGAAUGAUAAAGAGAAGGUUCUAAUAGAAGGUUCCAUCAACUCUGUGCGCGUCAGCAUUGCUGUCAAACAGGCUGAUGAGAUUGAAAAGAUCCUGUGUCACAAGUUCAUGGGCUUCAUGAUGAUGAGAGCUGAGAACUUCUUCAUCCUGCGGAGAAAAGCCGUGGAGGGAUAUGACAUCAGUUUCCUCAUUACCAACUUCCACACAGAACAAAUGUACAAGCAUAAGUUAGUGGAUUUUGUCAUCCAUUUCAUGGAGGAGAUCGAUAAGGAAAUCAGUGAGAUGAAACUGUCAGUCAACGCCAGGGCUCGCAUAGUUGCAGAGGAGUUCCUCAAAAAUUUUUAGGAAAUGAUCAGUACACCCUCUGCUGGCUGCAAUACCUAUGUCACCUUGGUCACAGGAAAAACCGAUGGAGAGUUUCAGGGCCAGUGAAGAAGUAGUUAAGGUGCGAUUUGAUUCCUGGACCACCACCAAAGGUGGAACAGCUGGAUCCUGAGGGUACUGUCUGUCAGGAAUGAAUUCAGAAUAUUGCAGUAUUGUAACUCAAGAGCAGAGUGAUGGAUUUCACAGACAGGCACGGUACUCCUUUUGUUCUGUUUUACCCCUUUGUUGACUUUUUUUUUUUUUUUUGUCCCUCUUUUUUAACUUCUGCUAAUGGCCUAAUUUUGUUUUAAAAGUAUUUUGUUCUUCACACUCUGCAAUUCCAUUUAUGUAUUCUGUCUCUUUUCAUCUUAUCCCAGAUCCCUUUGUUAUUAUUUAGUAGUAGUAGUAGUAAUGCGCUCACAAUGUUGCAAUAUUCUGAAAAUGCCUCAGCUUUUCCUUGUGCUCAUAAAUACUAAUGAGUAUGUACUGUACAUAUUUAAAAAGGAUAGACUCAUUUUACCUCUGCCUUUCUAAUAAACCUUAAAAUCAGGGCGGGUCUAUAUAGAUGAAACCUCAUUGAUGGUCAUGAGCACAAAGGAAAAAUGUUGUUCCAAUAAUUUAAACAGUUUGUUUUGUCAGUGUUUUUUAUAAUAUGUAAACUGUGUUUGAAUGACCAUUUUUCAUGUUGAGUUUUGAUAAAAAACAAACAAAAAAAAAACAACUCAUGCUGGUGCACAUGGAUCUUACAAACCAUAUCAUAAUAAUGACUGCUAAAUAAAUCCCUUUAUUGCUUGUA